AGGCACUACUAGGCCCUCCUCCUCCUGCUGCUGCUGCCCCUCCUCGCUCGGCUUCCCGGGAGCGUCGGGCGAUGGCUCCUUGGCGAGGAGGAGCGGGGCUGCUGGGGCUGCUGCUGCUGCGGAGGGCCUCGGGGGCCACUAGACCGCAGGGCUGCCCUUCCUCGGCCCUGGCUUUGGGGGCCCUCCUCGGCGCCCGGAGGCUGAGCACCAGCCCCCGAUGGAUGGAGGCCGCCCGUCGAUUCACAGACAAGCAUGAAUGGAUAUCAGUUGAAAACAGUAUUGGAACCGUAGGGAUCAGCAACUUUGCACAGGAAGCCUUAGGAGAUGUUGUUUACUGUAGUCUUCCAGAAAUUGGAACAAAGUUGAACAAACAGGAUGAAUUUGGUGCUUUGGAAAGCGUGAAGGCAGCUAGUGAACUCUACUCCCCGCUCACAGGAGAAGUAACAGAAAUUAACAGUGCCCUUGCUGAUAAUCCAGGACUUGUCAACAAAUCCUGUUACCAAGAUGGUUGGCUUAUCAAGAUGACUGUGGAUAACCCUUCAGAACUUGAUGAACUCAUGAGUGAAGAGGCAUACGAGCGAUAUAUAAAAUCCAUUGAGGAGUGACUGGAAAGCUAAGUGGAAACCAGUACAAGCCUCUUUUCUUCAGUGUAGAUUGUCCUAAAUUAGUGGUGGACGGAAGGUCCCAUUCUGGCCAGCUUGUCAAGGAGAUUUUGAAGGAAACUGGACUGCCUUUUCUUCCAAAUGGGUUGAUUUCUGCCCGCUUAUGACUGUGAAUCAGAAACAAUGUCAUAAUUCCCCCCUUUUUUGUGAGGAGGCACCUUUAACUAGCCAGUAUCUUGUAUAUGGGGUUUGGGAGUCAUUUUUUUAAAAAGCCUAAUAAAUGUAAUAAUAUAAUGUCACUGUUUGACAUUCAUACUUCUCUGUGGGGCAGAAUAACCUGUGUUUGUAAACUGGGCCGAAGACCUAUUAACAGCCUUAAUUCCAUAGCACAGAUUGUGCUUUCAUCUUUGCAACGUUCACUUCUCUCCAGCCACCCCUCUGCCAUGUUUUGUGCUCCCACAGGUACGUCAGUCUCCUUUCAAUCAGGUUUUAAUAUUAAAGAUGUAUUUAAUGCUUUGAGAAUUAGAGGAAUUAGUGAAAGUUCCUGAUGAUUAGAACAGGGCCAGAUCUCACAUUUUGUAGUGACUCUAUAAUGUGGGGCCACCUUUGAUAGAUAAGGUUUCCUGCUUUGCAGCGGAACAGAUAAAAGAAGUUAAUAAAAAAUCCUGACUUUA